UUGUCUAGCGUCUCUCGUGGCGUGAACAUCUCUGAAGAGAGAGUACGGUUCUUGGCUGAUUUUUUAAACACGUAAAAAGAUCGUUCUCCACUCUCGUUGAAGGAGAUUAAAUUUGAAUCAGUUGUCAAGCGUCUCUCGUGGCGUGAACAUCUCUGCAAAGAGACGCGUUUCUUGUCUGCUUUUUUAAACACGUAAAAAAAUCGUUCACCAUUCUCGUUAAUGAAAAUUGAAUAGUCAAGUACUCUAAAUUAUUCUGUGUGUUUCCAGUGUUAUAUCUACGGUUUUUAGUUGAAUUUUCCAAGUUUUUAAUUGCAAAAUGAACCCAAGACAGUUGUGUUUAAGUGUGACCAGUGUACUGUUUCUAGUCAUCCUGGUGUUUCCCAGUGUUUUGACAGCCGAUGAUACUUCUUUUAGCAACCACGAGUACCAGGAGGAUAAUGACGAAGAUGAUGACGAUGAUGAUGCGCCACCUGAAAAUGUAGAUUUCGAACCGUACGCAGGCGGCGCUGACGAAAUAACACAUGACAGAUUGACGCCCGGGGGGGCGGCAGACGGCCGAUGUCCGCCCCCGGCACGUGGUGUGGCCAGCACAGCGCACGAAUUGUGCUCGCGACGCACAUGCACGCACGAUGCCAACUGCACGCACAGUGCACGCGACAACGGCACGCACCUCGUGUGCUGCUUCAACGGAUGUGUGCGUGCGUGUGUGCUGCCCAUGGAUGCGCCUGUUGCAUUCGAUUGGAUUGAAAAACCAACCCAGUUGCAACAAUCCAUUGCUCCAUCGGAGACAGUGCACCUGGGAGCAGCUGAAUCAAUGGCUUUGCCAGGCGGAUGUAUAGUGAGCACAACACAAUACAACAAACUCGAGACAUUCAAGAUGAAUCAACAUGUUUCUCAUUGCUUCUGCGACAUUGGCGGAAUAUUUUGCAAAAUUGCCGAAUCAUGAUGAAUAGUUCAAUAAUAAAUAAUUCUUAUGUUUAUUAAAAGUCAAAAUAAUAAAUUUGAAUAAAUUAUUA